AUGGCAAACCGCUACCGCGGCGCAUACGGCCGCAGCGGCAAUGGCAAUGGCUACGGAAACUUUGGUCAACCGAACGGCAACGGCGAGGAUUACGAUCCGUAUGGCGACGGCUUCGGAGGCAGCGAUCGUUACAGGACACCCCCUCCGACGCAGUCCGGCCGCGCGCUCCCUCCCCAGUCCUCCCUCCGUGCCCCUCCCUCGCGAUCACAACUUCAGGCCCAACAGCUCACUCAGCAAGCACAAUGGACCAACGCAGAAAGACAGAUCAACGAGGUCCUCGGUAUAAUCCAGAAGGAAUGGCCACAGAUGUGCCAGAACGACUGCAUUCCUGUGCAACUGGCCCUACAGCUCCUCGACAACAGCUCGGUGGGCAGGGCGCACGAGUACAGAAACUUCCAACAGACGCACCAAUACCUGCAAGAUUCCCUCAAAGCGAUUGUCCAUGACUACCAUCAGGGCUUCAACAGCUCGAUAGGCACAUUCCACAAGAUCCAGGGCAGCAUCAUGCAGAGCCAGAAGAAGGUCCGCAUGCUGAAGGAGAACCUGGCAACCAGCAAGGUCGCGCUGUGCACGACAGACCCGGAGCUCAAGAAACUCUACAACACGAGCCAGAUGUACGACGAGCUGCUACAAACGCUGAACGAGCUCGAGGAGCUGAGGCAGGUGCCUGACCAGCUCGAGGCCAGGAUAUCCGAGAAGAGGUUCCUCACCGCUGUGGAGGUCCUGCAGAACGCUCUUCGGAGGCUGAGGAAACCCGAGUUGGACGAUAUCGCUGCGCUGAGUGACCUAAGGAGCUACUUGGCCAACCAGGAGACGGCGUUGAUGGACAUCCUCGUGGAGGAGCUGCACGAGCACUUGUAUCUGAAGAGCCCGUACUGUCAGGAGAGAUGGCAAAACUUGGCCAAGACUCAAGGAGCCUUUCGUGACGACAUCACCGAAUCAGGAGCUGUAGUUCCGUUCUUCGAGGUUUUGAACAACAUGGAUUUCGACAGCCAAGUACAGGAGGAUCCCGGCAGGAAUCCAGAGUCUGACACGUUCUCGUACGUGGCCCUCUUAGUCGAGGCGCUGAACAAGUUAGGCCGCCUGGAAACUGCCGUCGACACUAUCAAGCAGCGUUUGCCGGUCGAGCUGUUCAACGUCGUUAAUGACACGAUCAACGAGAUGGAUCACAAACAUCCCAGCUCACUGCGGGGUGUGUCCUCUAGCUCAGGUGGGAUGCACAUCUACAACAACAGAGAAACACAGAUGAGGGCAGAUGUGAUAUACGAUCUGCUGUGGACGCUGUACGGAAAGUUCGAGGCGAUAGCGGAGGGUCAUCGUCUUUUCCACGAAUCAAUUAAAGCGUUAAUUCGCCGGGAGGGCGGCGGCAACAAUGCCGCGUUGCUUGGAAGCUUCAAAGAGUUGUGGAACUUAUACCAAAACGAGAUACGGUCACUACUACAUAACUAUGUGACCACAGACGCGGACAUCUACCAAUUCAACACACCCAGACCGGGCACAACAAAUGGCGUGAUAGAUGCGCAUAGGGAGCACUUGUUCAAGUUCACUGAAGGGGAUCCUAAGGCAGUAGACCUUACAACGGAGUUUGAACAGCUGAAUCAGACCAUCGAGCAAGCGGUUCCUGGCUUGACUGCUGGGUUGGUAAAGGGCAAGGGUGACAAGAAAUCCGGGAAGAUCGACGCUAGAAAGAGCGCUGUUCCGGCGUAUGGUGGCCGUGAGCAAAACGGGACCUACAAGUCACUCGUCGAGCCGAACGUCUUCAACAUGAGCCUGUUGUUACCACCGACUUUGGUUUUCCUGGGCAGGCUCAAGAACAUUGUACCACCGGGAUCAGAUCUGGCGACUAGCACUCUGACGACUUUCCUCGACAACUUCUUGGUCAAUGUUUUCCAGCCCCAAUUGGACGAAACCCUAGGAAAGCUGAGCGAUACCGUGUUUGGCGAAGCAGAUGCUUUCCAGCAAGACGGCAAUUGGAACCAAGUGGCGAAAAGGCCAGUGUUCAAAGGAGCCACAGACUUUUUUGCGGUUGUCACGGCAUUCUGCAGGAUGUUGGACACGAUCCCGCAUGACCAGGCACUCAGUGCGUUGAUCAUCACGCAGAUGAUGAGGUACUAUGACCGGUGUUUUGGGUGGUACAAGACGCUGGUCACCAAAACACAGGAGGGUGCUACGACAAACCAAGCACUCCGUUCGUCUGCCGUCAUGGCUACUGAGAGUGGCGAGAUCCAUGACACCAUACAAAAACUCUGGACAGCCGAUACAUUGGAUCCAGAUCUACUGGAUAAGGAGGUCGCGUUACUGAUCACGGAGACGAACGAGAAGCCCCUUAAGCUCAGUGACAUUAUUUCGGAUAGAGACACGAUCUCUUCGUUGUGUCUGCUGUACACCAGUAUGAAGUGGCUCUCUGUAAAGGUGUCUUCGCUCAGGCAUAUCACGCGAAAUGACACGGAUUCCAAUCGCUCAAGUAUACCCAAACCGGAGAAGCGGAGGUGGACUCUACUUAAUGACCCUAGCAAGGCGACCGCUGAGGAUGGACCUGUGUUCCUUCCGAUGACGCUGGAAACAGUCCAAUCCUUCGACGGCAUUGUCUCGUCUUACGAAGAGCUAGCCGCUACUGCGUUGCUGAAUUUACACAUGGAAGCGCGCUGCCGCAUCGCCUACUCCCUGCGGGUAGCUCUAGACCCCAAAACGGCGCCAUACCUGCUUGACCAGGAUGUCAAAGAGCCCGACCCAACCAUUCUCAACCUCAACUCGGAGCUGCUUGCCUACGACGAGACAGUCGUGCGCUUCUUGCGCGAGCGCGAGGUCUCGUUCAUCCGCACCGGUCUGGGCUUGCUCAUCAAUUCGUUCCUCAUCGCCAACGCGUCAAUGGUGGCGCCGAUCAACGCUCGCGGCUCAGGGCGGAUGCAGCUGAACAUUCUGGUGCUGCAACAGAACCUCAAGAACAUUGAGGCUGGCGUGGACAUGGCCCGAGCCGCCAACUACUGGGCGCUCUUUGACGAGGGCGCCGAUGCCAUCGUCGCCAAGGCGAAGGAGGACGCCGCGAGAGCUGCUGAGGAGAACAAUGUGCCGAUCGGAAGGGACCCGGACCGGUUCACGUACGACGAGCUCAAGGCGCUGAUUGAGCUGUGCUACAGCGAACUGAUGGCGAGUGCGGAACGGGGUAAUGUCAACGCAGCCAAGAGGAACAUGGCGGAGAAGCUGCUGGAGCUAAGCGAGCAUAUGUGGCAAAGUUAG